AUGCCUCAAUUCAUAAGAUUUAUUAACAAUCAACUAUCACAUCGUUUUAUCUGUACUAUUGGUAUAUUCGUUGCUUUUUCUUUGGUUACAACAAUAGUACUAUUAAUUUGGUAUCUUCUUACACCUAUAUCUUUGAAUUAUAAAAUUACUCAAACGAAUUUUAUUUGUCCACCAAAUCCAUGUCCAUCGACAACUAGAACAAGCACAAGUUCUACAUUGAGUAUCAGUUCAAUACCGACUACAUCAAUAACUACCAUGCAAACAUCAAUAGCGAUUAUAUCAAGUUCAUCAACAAAACCCACCACCAUAGGCAAAAAACGUACAUAUAAAGAAUCAUGUGAUCAAUUAUAUGAUUGCUAUACUGAAUAUGGAUUAUUAUGUGAAUAUGGAUGGAAUGAAAAUAAAAGUUGUCUAUGUGAAGGAUCUCAUUAUUGGUCAAUUCAACAAAAUAAAUGUCUUCGUAAAGGUGAAAUUAAUGAUUCAUGUGAUAUUGACCAUCAAUGUCAUCGAGAAAUUGGUCUUGUAUGUGAUAAACCACCGGGUUUAUCGAAAAAAAUAUGUGUAUGUGCAGCGAGUAUCUAUUGGGCAAAAGAUUCGAAUUGUGGUAGUCAAACAACUGUUCGUCGUAUUGUCGAUUGUAUUAAUGAGAACUAUGCAACAACAUGUCUCGUUCUUGGUACUAAUAAUAUUUAUCAUAUGGUUACAGUAAGAUCAAUUACUGAAAAAGAACUUUCAUUUGAUUGGUUUCUUAUCGAUAAUCGAAUUUUAGAAGAAUUACCACAACUUAGUUGUACUUUCAAUAAUGACACCAAAUAUUGUUUUGGUUUGAGUGUUGGAGAUUCUCAACAUUCUCUUAAACUUGCUCAAUUUACACGAAAAGGAUUUCAUAGUAUAGAAAAUAUAGGUGGUAUUAAUCAGGGUACUGCAUUUGGUUUAACUGAUAAAAAUAAUGUUGCUGUUUAUGUUCGUAAUUCUCAAAAUAUACUUUAUCGUCGAAUAAUUGUUGAUGAUGAAAUCUUAUCAGUACAUAACAUUGCAUCAUCAUUAUCAGGUGAUCCAAUGUGUUAUAUUUAUGAAUUAUUAACUAGUCGACAAAUUUAUUGUUUUGCUCGAAAUUCGGCAUAUGGUCUUACAGAAUAUGUUGAAUUAUCAAAAGAUACAUGGAAAACUACUCAAUUAAAUAAUCCAACUGAUCGAAUACGUGAUGAAACAGCACCUGUUUGUAGUUAUGUUGGACAAAUACAUCGAUAUUGUUUUGCUAUAUUUGAAAAUGGACAAAUUUAUCGAAUUCUUUCAAAAUCGGGUGUAUGGAGUACAUGGCAAUCUAUCAGUCGAGAACGAAAAUAUCAAUUUAUUGGUCAACCUACUUUUAUAACAUCGAAACCAUUAAAUCAAUCAAGCUCUGAUCAAACAUGUUAUCUAUUAGCAAUUGAUACAAAUAAUAAUUUACAAGUAUCGACAAAUUUAAAUUGUGCUCUAUUAGAUAAUUUUAGUGAAUGGAUAUCAAUAUCAACUAAUUUGAAAUUUAAACAAUUUGAUAAAACAUUUCGAUUACAUGAUGGUAAUAUUGGUGUAUUAGGUAUUGAUGGUCAAAAUCGACCUUAUUAUAUAUUUCUUGAUCCAAAAACUAAUCGUUUUACGUCACCACGUCCAGCAUUUACAGUAAAAUCAGAACAAUUUCGUCCUUAA